GUAUAUCCCAACCUUGGCCAUGAAUCGCAGCACUACUUUGUGCUUGGUGGGCACCGCGGCUAUAAAGCGCAUGGAUGCAGCCACUUACUUUCAUUAGCACCGGCACCGUUCCCGCGAGACACAGGAGCGCACUCGGGGGAAACGUGAAGCGGAGUAAUUUAAUCAAAAGCGAAUCUGUCAAACAAAAUAGGAGCAACAAAUUUGACUGACCUGCAGUGUAUUGUGCACACAAAAAUUACGCAGAGAUGCGGUUUGUACUGCUGCUGACUUUAAUACUGGCUCCACGGUGGUCAAAUGCAUCGGACAUCGAAGCUACCCCAAGCAGAAAGCCCAACAUCAUUGUCAUUUUGGCUGAUGACCUGGGUUGGAACGAUGUCGGCUUCCACGGCGGAAAUCAAAUCCCUACUCCCAAUAUCGACGCCUUGGCCUUCAAUGGGCUUAUUUUGAACAACCACUAUGUGCCAGCUCUUUGCACUCCUAGCAGAGCAGCUUUCCUCACAGGAAAACACCCCGUACACACAGGCAUGCAACAUUUGGUGCUGUUAGAAAAUGAACCACGGGGACUUCCCCUGAGUGAGCGGCUAAUGCCAGAGUAUUUGAGGGACGAGGGUUACGUCACCAGGGCCAUCGGUAAGUGGCAUCUCGGCUUCUUCAAAAACGAAUAUCUGCCCACUAACAGAGGUUUCGACUCACACUAUGGUUACUGGAACGGCUAUCAAGAUUACUACAGCCACGAAACUCAAGCCACAUUUGAAAACUUGCGCGGCUACGACAUGCAUCGUGAUUUGAACACCGACUGGUCAUCGGUGGGCGAAUACUCGACUCGUGUCUUCACGCGCGAGGCCGUCCGGCAAAUCCGGGACCACGACACAAACAAGCCGCUCUUCAUGUACAUGGCUCACCUGGCCCCGCACACGGGAAACCCAGACACCCCGUUUCAGGCUCCAAACGAAACUCUGGCCAGGUUCGCGUACAUCGGGGAUCCCGACAGGCGAAUGUACGCAGCUAUGGUCACUGAGUUGGAUGACUCGGUCGGAGAAAUAAUUCAGGCUCUUCGCAAAAGAUCGAUGCUCUCAAACUCGAUUGUCCUUUUCCUUUCUGACAAUGGUGCUCCAACAUACGGGAUCCACUCGAACAGAGGAUCAAACUGGCCUUUGAGAGGUAUGAAACAAUCACCUUGGGAGGGAGGAGUGCGCGGGGUGGCGGCGAUGUGGGCGCCCUGGCUGAAUCAUACGCGCCGCGUAGCCACCCAGCUGAUGCACAUGACCGACUGGUUGCCAACGCUGAUCUCGGCUGCCGGCCUCGACCCUUCCGUCCUGCGCGACAAAGGCUUGGACGGCUACGACGUGUGGACGGCGCUGAACCUGAACACGACGUCGCCGCGCAAUGAGGUUCUGCACAACAUCGACGAGGUCGACCAGUACGCAGCCCUGACCAAGGGUGGCUGGAAGUACAUUACAGGUACUACACAAAACGGAAGAGUCGACUCGUGGUACGGCGAGAGCUCCCGAGGCUACAGUGACCCCGAAUACGAUGCUUCGGUGGUUCUGAAAUCCAAGGCAGGGUCUGCCAUAUCGUCCGUUUCAGUCCCCAGGCCUCGACUCUCCGCCACAGAAGUGAUGGAAAUACGCGAACAGGCCGAAAUUAAGUGCGAAAAGAGGCCGUCGGGAGCAGAAAAUUUCAGGUGCAACCCACUCGUGUCGCCGUGCCUGUUCAAUAUCAUAGCCGACCCUUGUGAGUUGGUCGACCUGUCAGCCGUGAGACCUCUGGUUGCCAUGAGUCUGUCCCAAGCCUUGGAGCGGUGGCGGAGGACAGCCGUUCCAGCUGCCAAUGUUCCUGUUGAUAGCGCUGGCAACCCAAAAUUCUACAAUAACACUUGGGUGCCGUGGAUGGACGUGCAGCGGCAGAUUAUUUACGCUCCGAGCAAUGUUCCUGAUCUCACUACGCUGGCUGCUAUCCUCGGCGGCGUGUCAGUGGGUCUCCUAGCCUUGGCAGCAGUUAUCACAAAAAUGUAUCUCAACAGAAAAAAGUGUGACAAAAACUGAACGCUUCCUUUGUGCUAGUCUAAGGAGCUUUACUCUCCUUAUGCUAGUCGAACGUUAAAAGAUUGGAAGAGAGCAAUACCUAUGAUAUGAGCGGUUGUGUCAGAUUUUGCCAUUUUAAUUAUUUACAUAGGAGUUUUUGUAGUCUUUAAAUUUCAACAACCAGUAUUAUGUUGGGAUCACAGGAAUCUAUAAUUUUUUCUGUGAAACACAAAAUGAAGUUGUUAUACUGUUCCUCGAGAGUAAUGUAGAGUUUAUUUCAGUGCCUUAAUAUGUCGAUGAAUGUACCAGGAUGAAUGAUAUUAAAUUAUUAAAAAUAAAGAGAAAAUUACACUUUUUAGUUUA